AUGUAUAAAAAUCAAAAACACUGGUUAAAUGAAGCCAUAACUGAUGGUCAUAUAAAUGUAAUCCAAAACACCUCUUUACAACAUGUAGAACUGAUUGCAGAAGGAACUUUUGGAAAGGUUUCAACUGCUUAUUUGCCAAACUUGGGGAAUUUAGUAGUUAUAAAACCUUUGUUUGAUCAUAAUAUUGAUUUAAAUGAUAAUAAUGAUCCAUAUUUUUUAAAUUAUCAUCAAUCAUAUAAUGAUUUUGUUCAAGAUAAAUAUUUUAUGGUGUUGGAACAUGCAAAUGGCGGUACACUUGGAAAUUAUUUGCUUAAAGCCUUUAAUUUAUUAGACUGGAGAUUAAAGAUUCAAAUGGCCAUUCAAAUCGUUGAAGGAAUAAAAUUUUUACAUGAAAAUGGAAUUGUGCAUCAUUAUGGGUAUCCAAUAAAUUCGAAAUAUUGUUAUUCGCCAAAAAAAAUUACAACGAUUCCAUAUAUCGAUCCAGCAUGUUUAAGGUUCCCAGAUCACAGGAAAGAUACAGCCUCGGACAUUUAUAGUUUAGGAGUAAUUUUAUGGCAAUUAUCAAGCGGUCGACCUCCAUUUGCCUAUUAUUUUAAUAAUAACAAUAAUUCCAGCGAAAAAAUUUGCGACGAUAUUCUUAAAGGAAAAAGAGAAUUACCGAUAAACAAAACCCCCAUAGAAUAUAUAGCGUUGUAUGAAAGUGCAUGGCUUAGAGAACCGUAUGAUCGGUCUGUGGCUAGUGUAAUACUUGGAAAACUUUUAAAUAUGAAAUUAUUUCCCGUUUACACACAACCAUGCUAUACUGCCGCUGCUAUUGCUAAUCAACGUCGUUUUUCCACAUUCGAUGUUCGCAAUAACUUUAAUAACUACAAUAUUGUUAAUAAUAGUAAUCAUAGAAAUACUAUUUACGCAGAAUCGGACAUGAAUAUUAUUACGAGCAAUGCCAGUAAUAAUUCAAAUGAAUUAACAGCAAUUCUAAACAAUAAUAGUUCAAAUAAUUCAUCUAAUAUAAAUACGCCUCAUAGUUCGGGUGAAUGGUAUCAAAUACAAACUGCAGCUUCUUCGUCAUCUUCUAUUUCAUCACCUCCUUAUAAUAAUAGUCAUUAUAAUUACCAUCAUCACAAAAAUAAUAAUCGACAAAAUCAGUCAGAAUACAUCAUCACUCCAAAUGAUUCAAUAGUUUCAUCACCGACAACAAUCGCCAGUAUUGAUAAUAAUGAUGAAUCGAGAACAUUGCCAUCGAGAAAGAAAUCUUUUGGUCCUCGUGUUCCUUCAAAACCGAUAACAUAUAUUAAUAGAUGUGAUGAAACAAUACAGAAAUAUAGAGAAAAUUAUGGGAAUCUAUUAGGUUUUGAAGAUCCUAAUGAAUGUCAUGCAGGUCUUCAUGCAGGAAUAGGAGACGCAGAAGGAUUAUUAUUUCACCUUGAUACAAAAAAUGAAGAAACUGAAGAUCCAUAUCCAUUUGUUCAAUCCCAUGAAAAGCUUUUAAUAAUUGCAGCAAGGUAUUGUCCUGGGCAAAAUAUCGUCUCAAUCUUUAAUGUUUUAAAAAAAAAAGGAUCAAAUUUUAGCGCAAGAAUGCAGUCAACUAAUAAAAAUGCACUACACUCGGUAAAAUAUGUUUUAGAUUCUAUAAAAACAUUAGUGAAAUAUGGAACCAAUAUCAAUGAAAUAGAUCGUGACGGUAGGACAUUGCUUUCUUAUUAUCUAACUGAAACUAUUGAUCUUGAAGUUAAAUUUUCAAUUAUCAAAACAAUAUUGGAAAAUGGAGGAGAUCCAAACAUCCCGACUGAUAUUUAUUAUGUGUCAGGUGAUCAUUUCUCGGCGCCAAAUUCAUUAUUUUUCGCUAUUGGAUUUGAUUGGUCACUAAAAAUGUUCAAAUUGUUAAUGAAAAAAGGUGCUAAAGUAACAAAUGUAAUAGAUAAUUCAGGUGAUAAUUUGUUGUCGUUAACAGUUAAAAAAGAAAGAUAUGAUAUAUUAAGUUGGUUAAUGGAAAACAUUCAUGAUGAAAUAUCUGAAGAUGAUGUUAAAUUAGCAUUGAAACAAUGUUCAAAAAUUACAAAUAGAGAGAAAAAAUUAUUGAAAUCUUUCAAAAAAUCUAAUCCAUCAGAAACAGCGUCACCAUCAAUGUUAAAAGUUAUUGGAAAAGGAAUAAAAAAUAUGUCCUUAAAAUCAGAUAGAUAG